CUGGAGAAAGAAAACAAAUUCUCUCCUUUGAAUCUCUUCCCACCAUUUCAGAAAUCUAGGGAUUCUAGGUGGAUCAGACUCAGUCCAGAGAUGGAGUUGUUACAGUCUCCUACGGUGGAGAUAGUAGGCAUUGCCGUCGCUCUUGCCGCCGUUGCUGCUGCUGCUUAUAUUUAUUCUAACAAGAAACCCAGGGAUUGUUUAGACCCUGAGAACUUUAAGGAAUUUAAGCUUGUUCAGCGUACUCAGCUCAGCCACAAUGUUGCUAAGUUUCGAUUUGCUCUUCCUACACCUACUUCAGUGUUGGGCCUUCCAAUUGGACAGCAUAUAAGUUGCAGGGGUAGGGAUGGCCAAGGUGAAGAAGUUAUCAAGCCAUACACCCCAACUACUCUGGAUUCAGAUCUUGGACACUUUGAACUAGUUAUAAAGAUGUAUCCACAAGGAAGGAUGUCCCACCAUUUCCGAGAGAUGCGUGUGGGUGAUUAUCUGGCUGUGAAGGGACCUAAGGGACGUUUCAAGUAUCAACCUGGCCAAGUUAGAGCUUUUGGGAUGCUUGCUGGAGGCUCUGGCAUUACUCCUAUGUUCCAGGUUGCUAGAGCUAUCCUAGAAAACCCAAAAGACAGAACUAAGGUACAUCUUAUAUACGCCAAUGUCACGCUUGAGGACAUUCUUUUGAAGGAGGAACUAGAUGGCCUUGCAAGGGACUACCCUGACCGCUUCAAAGUCUUCUAUGUUCUGAAUCAGCCUCCAGAGGUAUGGAAUGGUGGCGUUGGGUUCGUAUCCAAGGAAAUGAUUAAGACCCACUGCCCACUACCAGCAGCUGAUGUCCAGAUUUUGAGGUGUGGCCCACCACCCAUGAACAAGGCCAUGGCUGCACACCUUGAAGAACUUGGUUACACUUCAGAGAUGCAGUUCCAGUUCUAAAUUUUUUGCCUCUCAUUGCCUAUUUAUCUCUUGCAUGGAAGUCAUUAAACAAGAGACGUCUAAAUUUUCCAUGCUCCUAAAAACAACUCUUUAAUUUGAAACAGUUGUAGUACGUUUUUUUCUUUAACCACUUGAGAAGUGACUAAGCAUUUUUCAUAUA